AUGAAGAUGGUUCCGAAGCAUUCCGUGGAGAACGGUCCAUUAAUGCGGAUGGUGUAUCUACAAGCUAGGAUUGGUCCGGCACGGAUGUUUACCGCUCCUAUGGUAUAUUGUGAAUGCCCUGUAAAUUCGGACCAUCCUACACUACUGGCAUUCGGAUGUGUUGUCGUGCCUUUUGGGUUUAACGAAGCCGCUGAAGAAAGUGAGGAGUCAUGUGUAUUGGCCGGAUGA